AUGUCGUUCAAAAAAUGUCUACUGGUGCUUGCCACCAGCAUCAGUUCCGCCCUCGCCCAAAGCCAGACUUGGUGCGGGAAGAACUACAUGGCAAAUCAGACGGUUGUUCCGCCAGGCGGGCAGUUCGUUCUGCCACCCCAGAGCAAUGAUCCCUUACUCGCGUUCCGAUGUGCCCCAGAGUUCCGUCCGUACCUAGAGGAGGACGCCAAGACUGCCGCAUUCAUCGUUGAUACCCGGAUCGUGUAUGAUUGGAUCAAUAGAGCAUCCCCUAUCUCUCUUCCCUGCAACAACACCAACUCCACGUCCGAAUCCCCAUCCAAUGCCGGAAACGUUACCGUCACCGUCAAGGUGGGCGGUAUCCAUACCACACAAUCGGUGUCACUUGGCGCCGUCGGAUACAAGAUUCCUUUGGACAUUAGCAACCUGACAGCGCAGAAGACACCGUACCAUGUAGACUGUAUCGCGUCUUACCAUACCGAGUCUUCAAAAACGCAAACGUAUUUCACGAACGCGUCAUUGUUGUAUCUUCCCGAUACGAACAGUUCUGUCACGAAGAUGGAUUUGAGGUCGGGGUCGUUGCGGGUGCGACCUGUCAAUGACCCAAGCAGCGGGUUCCUGCCGUUCAUUCCUCAGGGGUUUUAUGUCUCAUUUGACCAAUAUCUUGCAAAAAACCUUUCUCUCAUUGAUCAACUAAAGGCGGAUGGUUUCAAUACUGUGCUCAAUAGGACCAUCGAACUUGGCCUCUAUGUAAUUCUUGACAUGCGAUCUAACUAUCAGAACCUGACAGCGGUUGCAAGCAUGGUGAACACAUACAAGUCUCUUCCAAACUUGCUAACCUGGGAGACUGCGCAUGAACCCGAUGGCAACUCAGACCCCCUCAACGCUGCCAAGCAAGCCUACGAUCUCAUCUACCAGAUGGAUGGCUACCAUCCCAUCUCCAUUGUGUUGAAUUGCGAGGACUACAACUUCUCUCCUUACGUAGAAGGUGCUGAUAUCGUGCUUGAGGAUGCCUACCCAAUCGGCAUCAAUGCAACGUACUCGCCGGUCUGGAACACUCCCUGCACACCGGACUUUGGUCAUUGUGGAUGUGACAAUUGCAAGGGGGGUCUGAUCGAUAUCAAAGCCCGUGUGCAGACUUACAAGGACAGGCUUGAUAUCCUUGGGUACGAUCGUACUAAGACUGUAUGGACCACUCCUCAAGCCUUUGGAAGCGGAGCUUACUGGAAUACUACGCCCACUGGUCAGCAAUGGGCUGCUAUAGGUCUCAUUUCCUUCAAUCACGGUGCCAUGGGAUCUAUGUCAUACCAAUAUCCCACAACCACUGGCAACGUCACUACCAUCGAGGGCACCGCAACUAAUCUCACAGGUAUCAUAAAUGAGAUCAUCACGCCAUUCCUUGUUGGUCCCAGGGCCGCGUUCUCCGUCUAUAGCUACCAGGGUGUUGACGCAGGGCUAUGGAACAACGGCACCGCAUAUCUGCUGCUCGUUGCGAGCACCGUCAACGAGCAGGUCAUCGUACCAUGGAAUGCCGUUGGACUGGGGCAGAUUACGAAUAUAACUCAACAAGUUCAGCGUAUCUUUUCGGUUGGGCAAAACAUCAAUGCGAGUUCAUUGAACUUCAGGCCAGGCGGUAUUGGUAUCUAUACAGUGACACCUUAAUGUGGAAAUGCCGUCGCAGAUCGGUAGAUUUUUGGUUCUUUUUUUACAGUAAAUUAUAGGUUACGCAGUUCUGUAUACCUCCAGUCGUUAAAUUACAUAUCUAUUCUUGAACUAGACAUCUAACUG